AUGAAAUCUGGGAGAAGGGGAUGGAAUCAGGGAGAAGGGGAUGGAAUCUGGGAGAAGGGGAUGGAAUCUGGGAGAAGGGGAUGGAAUCUGGGAGAAGGGGAUGGAAUCUGGGAGAAGGGGAUAGAAUAUGGGAGAAGGGGAUGGAAUCUGGGAGAAGGUGAUGGAAUCUGGGAGAAGGGGGUGGAAUCUGGGAGCAGGGGGUGGAAUCUAGGAGAAUGGGAUGGAAUAUGGGAGAAGGGGAUGGAAUCGGGGAGAAGGGGAUGGAAUGAGGGAGAAGGGGAUGGAAUCUUGGAGAAGGGGAUGGAAUCUGGGAGAAGGGGAUGGAAUCGGGAAGAAGGGGAUGGAAUGAGGGAGAAGGGGAUGGAAUCUGGGAGAAGGGGAUGGAAUCUGGGAGAAGGGGAUGGAAUCUGGGAGAAGGGGAUAGAAUAUGGGAGAAGGGGAUGGAAUCUGGGAGAAGGGAGAAGGGGAUGGAAUCGGGGAGAAGGGGAUGGAAUGAGGGAGAAGGGGAUGGAAUCUGGGAGAAGGGGAUGGAAUCUGGGAGAAGGGGAUGGAAUCUGGGAGAAGGGGAUGGAAUCUGAGAGAAGGGGGUGGAAUCUAGGAGAAGGGGAUGAAAUCUGGGAGAAGGGGAUGGAAUCUGGGAGAAGGGGAUGGAAUCUGGGAGAAGGGGAUGGAAUCUGGGAGAAGGGGAUGGAAUCAGGGAGAAGGGGAUGGAAUCUAGAAGAAGGGGAUGGAAUCUGGGAGAAGGGGGUGGAAUCUAGGAGAAGGGGAUGGAAUCUGGGAGAAGGGGAUAGAAUCUGGGAGAAGGGGAUGGAAUCUGGGAGAAGGGGAUGGAAUCUGGGAGAAGGGGAUGGAAUCUGGGAGAAGGGGAUGGAAUCUGGGAGAAGGGGAUGGAAUCUAGGAGAAGGGGGUGGAAUAUGGGAGAAGGGGAUAGAAUCUAGGAGAAGGGGAUGGAAUCAGGGAGAAGGGGAUGGAAUCUGGGAGAAGGGGAUGGAAUCUAGGAGAAGGGGAUGGAAUCUGGGAGAAGGGGAUGGAAUAUGGGAGAAGGGGAUGGAAUCUGGGAGCAGGGGAUGGAAUCGGGGAGAAGGGGAUGGAAUGAGGGAGAAGGGGAUGGAAUCUGGGAGAAGGGGAUGGAAUCUGGGAGAAGGGGAUGGAAUCUGGGAGAAGGGGAUGGAAUCUGAGAGAAGGGGAAUCUGGGAGAAGGGGAUGGAAUCUGGGAGAAGGGGAUGGAAUCUGGGAGAAGGGGAUGGAAUCGGGGAGAAGGGGAUGGAAUCUGGGAGAAGGGGAUGGAAUUUGGGACAAGGGGAUGGAAUCUGGGAGAAGGGGAUGGAAUCUGGGAGAAGGGGAUGGAAUCUGGGAGAAGGGGAUGGAAUCUGGGAGAAGGGGGUGGAAUAUGGGAGAAGGGGAUGGAAUCUAGGAGAAGGGGAUGGAAUCAGGGAGAAGGGGAUGGAAUCUGGGAGAAGGGGAUGGAAUCUGGGAGAAGGGGAUGGAAUCAGGGAGAAGGGGGUGGAAUCUGGGAGAAGGGGAUGGAAUCUGGGAGAAGGGGAUGGAAUCUGGGAGAAGGGGAUGGAAUCUGGGAGAAGGGGGUGGAAUCUGGGAGAAGGGGAUGAACUCUGGGAGAAGGGGAUGGAAUCUGGGAGAAGGGGAUGGAAUCUAGGAGAAGGGGAUGGAAUCUGGGAGAAGGGGAUGGAAUCUGGGAGAAGGGGAUGGAAUCUGGGAGAAGGGGAUGGAAUCUAG